AGAGGCUGUCGGGCUCGCGCAGGAGGCUGAGCGCCGUGCUGUCCGCGGGGCGUCAGAUUGAGCCACCUUCUUUAUAAUUAAAAAGAAGCAAAAAAAUCCAUUGCCUGGAACAGUACAGCUAAAUUGAAAGGUCUUAAUAUACCUUUUGCAAAGAGAGAGUGGUUUGGUGAUGGAGUGUUCCCACUGACCGAUGGACUCAAAGAAGAAAAGCUCAUCAGAGGCAGAAGGAUCCAAAGAAAGAGGCCUGGUCCAUGUCUGGCAGGCAGGAUCCUUUUCCCUAGCACCAGAUAGGUUGCCAGGCUGGGGAGGAAAGACUGUUCUUCAAGCAGCCCUUGGAGUGAAACAUGGAGUUCUUCUGACUGAAGAUGGUGAGGUCUACAGCUUUGGGACCCUUCCCUGGAGAAAUGAACCAGCAGAAGUUUGUCCAAGUAGCCCCAUUCUAGAAAAUGCCCUCGUUGGGCAUCAUGUUGUUACUGUGGCAACAGGGAGCUUCCACAAUGGAGCAGUGACAGACGCUGGCAUAGUGUACAUGUGGGGGGAGAAUUCUGCAGGCCAGUGUGCAGUAGCAAACCAGCAGUAUGUGCCAGAACCGAAUCCCAUCAGCAUUUCUGACUCUGAGACCAGUCCUUUGUUAGCAGUCAGGAUUUUGCAGUUGGCAUGUGGCGAGGAGCACACACUGGCAUUGUCAAUAAGCAGAGAGAUUUGGGCAUGGGGUACCGGUUGUCAGUUGGGUCUCAUUACCAGUACCUUCCCAGUGACCAAGCCACAAAAGAUAGAACACCUUGCUGGGCGAGUGGUGCUACAAGUUGCCUGUGGUGCUUUCCACAGCCUAGCCCUUGUGCAGUGCCUCCCUUCCCAGGAUCUGAAGCCAGUCCCCGAAAGAUGCAACCAGUGUAGCCAGCUCCUAAUUACUAUGACUGACAAAGAAGACCAUGUGAUCAUAUCAGAUAGUCAUUGUUGCCCUUUAGGUGUGACCCUGUCAGAAUCCCAGGCAGAAAAUGUCACCACUAUCAUCAGCCCCUCCAUUGAGACCCUUGACAGUCAGGGAGAAGUUUUUGAAAGCACUCUUGUAGAAACUGGUCUGCCUGUUGCCACUGAACUGAACGUGGGAAGUGUUCAGAGCACAAGUGGCGAUGCCAUUUCCUCCCAACAAAACAUCACAGGAACAACUGAAAUUUCUUCUGUCAGAAACAUAUCAUCACACCCUGACACCCAGGCAGUAAAUGAAUACUUGCAGAAACUGUCAGAUCAUUCAAUAAGGGAGGACUCAGAGAAUGGUGAGAAGCCAAUGUCAUCUCAGCCUCUUGUAGAAGAAGCAGCUCCUAAUCUUCACAGCCCACCAACCACAAGCACAUCAGCUCUCAACAGCUUGGUGGUCUCCUGUGCAUCUGCUGUUGGUGUGAGAGUGGCUGCUACAUAUGAAGCUGGGGCCUUAUCUCUUAAAAAAGUUAUGAACUUUUAUAGUAUGCCCCCUUGUGAAACUGGAGUUCAGGCAGGCAGUAGUUCUGGAGGCCCAGAAGGUCUGAAAGAUAGCAGAGAAGAACAGGUUAAACAGGAGUCGAUGCAAGGAAAGAAAAGUUCAAGUCUUGUGGAUAUCAGAGAGGAAGAAUCAGAGGGAGGCAGUCGAAGACUUUCCCUCCCUGGAUUGUUGUCACAAGUUUCCCCAAGGCUUUUAAGAAAGGCUGCACGGGUGAAAACGAGAACAGUGGUUCUGACCCCCACAUACAGUGGAGAAGCAGAUGCGCUCCUGCCAUCUCUAAGAACAGAGGUGUGGACCUGGGGCAAAGGGAAGGAGGGGCAGCUGGGACAUGGCGAUGUGCUGCCUAGGCUCCAACCAUUAUGUGUCAAGUGUCUCGAUGGCAAAGAAGUAAUCCAUCUGGAGGCAGGCAGUUACCAUUCUCUUGCACUUACUGCAAAAUCACAGGUUUACUCAUGGGGUAGCAAUACCUUUGGUCAACUUGGUCAUUCUGAUUUUCCAACAACAGUUCCUCGACUUGCAAAGGUAAGCAGUGAAAAUGGAAUCUGGAAUAUAGCUGCGGGCCAGGAUUAUUCCCUGUUUUUAGUGGAUACAGAAGACUUCCAGCCUGGGUUGUAUUACAGCGGCCGACAGGACCCAGCAGAAGGUGACAGUCUUCCGGAGAAUCCCAGUGGUUCUAAGACUCCAGUACUUCUCUCCUGUAGUAAGCUUGGAUAUAUAAGCAGAAUAACAGCAGGAAAAGAUAGCUAUUUAGCUUUGGUGGACAAAAACAUUAUGGGGUAUAUUGCCAGUCUCCAUGAGUUGGCUACAACAGAAAGACGGUUCUAUUCAAAACUAAGUAAUAUCAAAUCUCAGAUACUCAGGCCUCUUCUCAGUUUAGAAAAUUUGGGUACUGUGACUACAGUCCAUUUAUUACAGGAGGUGGCAAGCCGAUUCAGCAAGCUGUGUUACCUAAUUGGUCAGCAUGGAGCCUCACUGAGCAGCUUCCUUCAAGGAAUAAAAGAAGCCAGGAGUUUGGUCAUUCUGAAGCAUGCAAGUCUUUUCUUCGAUAGUUAUACAGAAUAUUGUACAUCAAUUACAAACUUCCUGGUUAUGGGAGGAUUCCAGCUUCUUGCUAAGCCUGCCAUGUAAGCAAGUACAUACUUUCCAGUUAUCCUUCUCACAGUCAAAGAUCAUGUGUGUUUUGAGUUGUCUAGGGGAAGCUUUGACUUCCCCUAUGUACACCAUGCAAGCACUGUAUCACUGAGCUACAUCCCCAACCCUCAACUUGGUCAUUUUACCCAGUGAAUUAAAAUGUAGAUUUUCAUUAACUCUUAUAAAGGACAGGUACUUUUUGUCCAUGAUUGUUAUUAGAAGUAGUAGGAUAUUGAAAAAACACUGAAAUAAAAGGUGCAAGAUCUUGGUUCU